AUGAUGAGCAUACAUCAGUCCUUAUCCGACUUGAUUAUCCAAGCAUACGCCAAUUCCCAAGAGAUCACGAAGAACAUGGAGGGGGACGAAGAAUAUGAAUGGCUUUGGCCUCAAAAUCCCUCGACUUUCCAAGUGACCACGAAGAAUAUGGAGGACGACAAAGAAGAUGAAUCGCUUUGUCCUCAACAUCCAUCGACUCUCCAAGAGACCACGAAGAAUAUGGAGGACGACAAGGAGGGAGAAGAGCUUCAAAAUCCCUCGACUGCCCAAGAGAGUCCUCUAAUCCGUCUCCCGAACGAGAUCCUCCAAGAAAUUGCCAUCAUUCUUCAGCAUGACAUAGAUGUGGUUCGGCUUGGAUUAUCCUGUAAAGAAGCGUAUGAAAGGAUACUCAGUCCAAAUGCACCAAUCUGGAAGAUUCGAUACAAACAAAAGUACGACUUGACACGAAACCGAGAUUCAGACGCACUCUUCGUGGAGUACAUAACGCGUUCCAUCGUUCUUCGUCAUAAGCUCGACAUCGAGAAAAAUAAUUUAUUUCAGAUACAAACAUGGAUUGAGGAGAUCGAGACGAUGCUAUCAGAGGUUCUGUAUACCUCACUGCCAGUGGGAGCUGUAUCCAAGACAUACGAGCAGAUUAGAAAGGCUGUGAAGUCUGUGAAUUUCUUGAGCCGGCCUCUGAAUGAUCAUCCUUCAGAAAACUUCUAUGCGGUUCAUCUGUGCUUGACUGCUCUCGCUCUUGACCCCGAAGUUUGCACAAGCUGCUACCGUGACGAUUACAACAUCCAGAUCGUAUACUCUGUCCCCGAACCGAUCUCAGGAAAGCCUUUCAUCGAUCACGACAUACCCUAUCUCGCCAUAUUGUUGGACUUUCGAAACUUCUGGCAGAGACAUCUGCUGAAUUCCACUGAGGGAACCUUUUACGAAUCUUUCUCCCGACUGUCCAAGGAUCUCAAACCCAAAGCCCGAAAGACCGAUGGUUCUCAUCCCAUGGAUUUGAGCAAGUCUUGGAUCGGAUAUUACUCAUGUAUUCAUCCCACCCCAUCUGAUAUCGCAGAGCUUGCACGUCGUCAGUCAUGCGCGGACUUGGACUCACACUGGGAUCAGGUGGAAAUAAUGACUCUGGAGAUCGAAACUCGGUCACGCGAACCUUUCUGGCCCGACGAAUGCAACUCGGUCAUUCCUCUAGCUAAUUUCCACGGUUGGAGACGCUUGUUCUUCAAAGGUCACCAGAAUAUACUCGGUGCGACAAGUGAUGCAGCUAACCCAAUUUUUGGCUUCAUUGAACCAAUAGAGCUGGCCUUUGGGGGAAUCGUUGGAUGGAUCCGCAUUUGCUUCGCUAUCUGCGAGAGAGUCGACAAGGGAGAGGAUCCAGCCUGGACAAGAAGUUCUUCUGGCUGGGUUCAUGGCUAUGAAGCAAUGAUUAUCCCUGGUGGACGAAUCAUGCUGGGCCGAUGGGUGGACAUGAAGGACGAGAGUGGCAGGGGCCCUUUUAUUUUCUGGGACGUCUAA